CUAAAAACCCCUUCCCCUAUCCCUCUCUUUAAGCCACACACAAACCCGCACCCAAAAUUACCAAAUCUCCUCAUCUCCUCAAACAAACCCUAGAAACUCUCUCUCCAAGAAAUCAUCAUGAAAGGCGGUAGAUCAAAGUCUGAUUCCAGAAACAAUGACGCCAAGCUAAAGAGAAAAGGAUCUGGAGCUGGAACCAAAGCGUCGAAGAAGGCCGCGAAGGAUCCAAACAAGCCUAAAAGACCUGCUAGUGCUUUCUUCGUUUUCAUGGAGGAUUUUAGGAAGCAGUAUAAGGAGUCUCAUCCAAACAAUAAAUCUGUUGCUGCUGUUGGUAAAGCAGGUGGAGACAAGUGGAAAUCCAUGAGUGAAGCUGAGAAAGCUCCUUUUGCGGCUAAGGCCGAGAGGAGAAAGGUUGAAUACAAUAAGGACAUGGCUGCUUACAACAAAAGACUGGCUGGAGGAAACGCUGAUGAAGAAUCUGACAAGUCCAAGUCGGAAGUGAAUGACGAAGAUGAGGAAGAUGAGAGUGAUGGGGAGGAGGAAGAUGAUGAUGAGUAAGUUGAUGACGAGGAGCGGCUGAGGAUGUGAGGAUUUAGUGAUCGGCAAUUUGUUGUAGAAUUGCUUUGAUUGUUGUAAUCACUUGCAUUUCUAGCUUUUAAAUAGUAGCUCCUUUUUUAGCUGUUGUUUAGAUCUAGCCUAGGAUAAAACCAAAGGAAUAGUUUCAGGAGCAGCAGCCCUGGAGCUCAUAUUGUGGUAUGUACUUAUCAAAUAUUUUCAUGCUCAAUGAAGUGAUUUCUUCCCCUAA